AUGGUGGUCAACGCAUCUGUCUCCGGGACAGGAGCCAUGAAACGGCCGGCCUCGUCCCUGCAGGAUGAUUACGUUGGUUGGGAACAUGCUCCAUCCAUGGGAACCUCGAUGCGCUCGUCCAUGAACCUCCCCUAUUCUCAUUACGCCCUGAUCUACUUGGACGGAUCGGGGAAGCUUAAGGUUUCGGAGUCUUCGUCCAUACGCGAACAGAACGGCACCGUGUUUACCCCGGAGGUGCGAGAAAGAUUCCUGGAAGCCCUUGGAACAAGGAUCGGAUAUCACAAGCCUAUGCUACGCAGAGUUCCCGGUAUUGGGCUACCAGCGUACGGAUAUGGUCGCCCCGAGGAAUUCACCCGCCAGAAAAAGAGACGCAGAUCGUCCUACCAGAGCGCUGUACUGGAAUACUCUGACCCCGUGGAAGAGAUGCCUCCCUACUCGACAACGAACAUGAUCGGGCUUGAGAUCGGCGACGAGAAAAAGGUCCUGGAAUAUUACGAGAACGCUUUGAAGCACUUCCAACAGAUCAACUGCAGACUGAUUGCGAAGGCUUUCAUCAAAUUUAUCGAGCCUCGCAAGCAAGUCAAACAUCCUUACAACGGAGGCAGGCCUCGAGGUGCAGGCCAGAAGGGUGACCCGGAAAAGACGAAGCCGGACUGGUGGCCCUCAGCGGUCAACCACAAGGAGCCUGACCACCUGAGAAAAGACCAGAGAGUGGCGCUUUUGGUUCACAUUUUGCGCAAGCUUGACAGAACCGGCAUCACUCCUGAAAAGCUCCAGGAGGUUGCACAUGACGCUCGCCGGCAGCUCAAGCCCCCUGAGAAGAUCGAGAUCUUCGACGAAAUCUUCCGCGUCCGACGGAUGGAGCAACGGCUCGAGAGAGGAGAAGUUGACGCCACAACUGUGGUAUACGUCCUCAACAGAGAUUCUAGCGCAAAGGGCGAGAAGGACGCAGAUGCAGUCAGCGAACAAGACCCAAAGAUGGAGGAUACCGAGGAGGAAGAGGAGACGGAUGACGAGUUCCUGACGCCAUCAUCCUCCGCAGAACAGGCGUCUGGGUCUUUCACAUCGACUGUUGACAUGGGUUUGUCAGGACAGGGAACCGACAGGAGUCAACUAUUCCCGUUGUCCGAACCGAUCGGCCUUGGGGAGCAGCCUCGACACGACCGAUCCUUUUAUUCCGCCUCGUCCGAGUACGCGAAUGACUACUCCCCCCCCAGCAUGAUCAAACCACCACCAUCGGCAUUAGUUAGCCCCAGCGAGCAAACCCAGACGUUCGACUACUUGGCCCCACCGUCGUUCUCAGCUUCGACUGCCGGAGACCAGAUGAUGUCUCAGCGCCCAGCCGCCAUGCCGAUGCAACAUUCCGUGAGCCAGUUCGAUACAUGGGCGCCUCCUUUCAGGCAGAACAUGUUCGAUCCUCUCGAGUACGGCACCGCCGACCAGACCGUGGCCUCGGCUCACCUCCCCUACCAAAUGUCGAUGGCUCAUCCCCAGGACAUAACCCAUGGCCUACCUAAUCUCCGCUGCGACAAGCCCACCCAUAUGGACCAGCUGUCUUUCCGAAGCUCAGGCUAUCGCACAGGGUCGAUAGGCCACUCCCACAUGGGACUCUCGCGCGAGUGA